AUCAAGAGCCAGGACGCAUGACGUGUACAUUCUACUAAUGACAGACUUUAUGGCUAUCAUCUGGUGUCCUAAUGGUCGUUCUAAAUGGAGGAGACAAGAGUGAUUUUCAGCAAGAAAGGUUUAAAACGUAACGGCUACACAACACACGAUGACGUAGACAGCAAUUAUCAUGACGUAGAUAACAAUUAUGAGGACUGGGAACGCGAGUAUUACUCGGAUGAAGAUGAUGUAUUUAUGGAAGGGCCGAAGAUGGACAAAGUAUCUGCGUCAAAACCACUCAUGCAUCCUCGACAAAGGCCAAAGGUCAAAAGCAGAACGCCGAACUGUCGAUGUCGCAAACAGUUAAAAACCAUCACGUGUUUUUUAGUUAUAGUGCUAUCUCUAGGGUCAUUAAUGACAAUGAUAAUAUAUUUAUACAACAAACAUCCGGAAAAAACGAAAGACAAGAAUGGACCGGAUAUAGAAUCUCAAUCAUCAAAUAUACCGGAAGUAGUUGGCUGUGAUUCUUUAAGUGUGGAAGAUGUUUGGGUAAUGGGGUUUCCUAAAUUGAUAACAGAGUCUGCCUUCCGCUUAGUAGACGUCAACCAGGACGGGGUUCUUGAUAUCAUCUUGGGAUUUGGUACAGGAGCAGAUGGCUACUAUCUUCCGGACAUUGUCUGUGAUAUAUAUUUCAAUGGAACGCAUCCAUGUUUUGGUGGAUUGAUGGCACUUGAGGGCGCGACUGGUCGUGAACUUUGGCGCCAUUAUUCGCCGCACGAGUUCUUUGGCGUGAAUUGUAAUGCUGAUUUGAACAAAGAUGGCGUUCUCGAUUGUCUGGCUGGGGGUCGUGCAAAUGCUUUCCAGGCUGUAAGUGGCCGGGACGGCUCGUUGUUGUGGAAUUUUGACUAUGGUAAGGAAGAUAUCAUGAACCUGUACACUCCUCAAAUAAUUCGAGACCUCGAUGGAGAUGGAACAGCGGAUAUACUAACCAUGCACGGAGGCGAUCCGUUACAAGAACCAGGUAGCAAGUACAGACUAUCGGCGCGGAUUAUAUUAUUCAGCGGAAGGACGGGACAAAUAAUAAAGAAAAUUGGCGUGCCUGAUUACCGUGAGUCGUAUUAUUCCCCGCAGCUGUACACGAUGUCUGAUGGUACAGACAUUGUUCUGUUCGGGACUGGGGGCGAGACACACCCGGGUAGUUUGUGGAGCAUCACGCUUGACAAACUGUAUCGUGGAGAAAUUAAAAGUUCUCGACUCGUAUACACUGACGAGUUUAAGGGGAUCAUGACGCCGCCAGUGUUACUGGACCUGACUGGAGACGGCGUGGAUGAUAUCGUCAUGGCAAUGUUUAACUCCUCCGUUCUGGCGAUAGAUGGCGCCACAUACAGCGUCCUGUGGAACAGAACAUUCCCAUGGUCUGAGUCGUACAAUACUCCAGCUCCCGGGUUCUACAACACGGAUGACGUACCAGAUUUCAUGGUCAAGUAUGCUCACGGCCCAGGCUUCCCUAUCUACUACCGGUCACAGACGACCGUAUUGGAUGGGCGAACAGGGAAAUCCCUCCUGGAACAACCCAUGUGGGAUACAAUAGGGGCCCAGGCUUCACCUCUCACCAUCAGCAUGGAGGGUACAGGGAAUGACAUCUUUCUAUAUUGGAUGUCGGAUUGUCUUGGGCACGAGGGAGAAGGAGGAGAGUUCAAAUUUGUGGAAGGUACUAAUGUUCACGAACAAUCCCGUGCUGACUUCUGUCGACUGCGAUUUAAAUCAAAAGGUUACAGCAAAAUUUUGGCUCUUAGUCGGAAUAUAAAAUCACCGGGGCAUAAAGUUUACUAUUCUGACGAACGGAAAGAAAUAGAAAAGAGCAAAUGGAUCAACACUUCAGCCGAGGCACUCGACUUUCUACGUUCACAUCCAGAACAACUACAGAGUUAUAUGGAUCUUCAGGAAGAAACGCGUCAGACCGAAAUGGAGAGACCUGUUUACAAGGAUCGGGAAUUGGAAGGAGAAUAUAUUUACAACCCACCACCAGCUCAACAAAGACUGAGAACCACUUCAAAGAAAGGACCACCAGUUAAUAUCCCUUACAGGACUGACUCAUUUCCAUCAGCUGCUGUCAGGGAACAAACCGGAAGUUACAUGGACCCAGCUAUCUAUGACGAUAUCAAUGACGUCAUGCAGAAUGUGGCAGCGAGUGACGAUUACACUGAAAUUCCUUAUUACCAGAAACCUUACAGAAAUGGUUACCCUGGAUACGAUAGCUCAUCACCUCGUUAUAGGCAACGUGGCAGAGUUAAUAAUGGACAUCAGCCAAGAAGAUUGAAUACAAUAGAACAUAUGAGACACAGACGAAUAAGUAGAAAUAGUCUACAGCAAAAAGAAGUUAGCCAGAAAGUAUCUGAUUUACUUCAUUCUAAAAAAUUACAUCAUUCAGUUAAAAGGAAUAAUAAUUACCGGAAACGGAAACGACGCCAUGUUGGACCACACGACGAGGAUGGCCUACAGCGACUACUGUCCACUGGUACACUUGCUCCUACAACCUUACCUCGUAGCCACCCAGACUAUGACCAUUCCAUAGACUUCGUAUUCGCGACGUAUUGGUUCUUUCCCGCCAAAACUCAGGUCAUACUUCCAGCAGACCAGAAAUGUAUAGAUGGAAAAAUGGCAAAGGAAAAGAUCAGAUUUAGCCCAAGAAGUAAAUAUUACGGGUUCGACCACGACAAAUACCAGCAUGUAGUCACUCAGGAAUGUCUGCAGGCUUCCGGUCAUGCGCACUCAGAUGGCCAAUCUAAAACCACAUUCCAAAGUCUAGAGACGUUCAACCCUUAUAAGAUAAAUAUGGGCCAGAUGACGGUGUACAGAUUACGUUUAACAUGCAAGUGUAGCAGCGUGCCUCACAACAGUACUAAUCAACUGUGUAGCCGGACGAAACCGUUUGACCAGCAGCAGUGGUCAGCUUACAUGGGGAGUAAAGGUGACAGCCACUGGAAACCACAAUCCACCAUCAACAAGAUAAAAAUCUAAAAACCGUAAAAUUAUAUAUUUUUUACAUUCCCAUUACGGCUGUGAAAAGUGAUUGAUUAAUAAGCAUGUAAAAAGAUAAGGUAACAUAAUGAAUAAGUAAAACACCUAUCAUUUGUUGAUAUCUAUUACAGAUCGAAGAAUAUGAUAUUAAAUGUAUCACUACAUAACGAUAUAACUACAGAUAGUAAAUAUAAUGUUUUCAUGUAAUUAAAUGGCACGAACAAGCACGUUCAUAUAUUGUACAUUCAUUUUAUAUAAACACGGGUUGCCUCCCUUCUCAUUUUAUUUUGAACGAGAUAGAAUUCAUGAAUUUGGUAUUAUAUAUAAAAGAUGUUCGAGAUUAAUUUGAUAUUAAAUUAAGUGUUAAAAUUUUCAAUUUAUUGCAAAUUUUGGUAAUGAGAUAUGCAAUUAAAGAAAAUAAGGGAUGUGAGAUAAAAUGAUCAGAACAUUUACCAUAAAAGGUGUACAGGUCUAAGCAUAUUAAUUGUUUACAAACAGAAUUGACACCUCCCUCAUCGAGAAAUUAUCGCGUCUGGAGUUGUCCGAUGACAAGCUGUUGAUGUACAUACAUAUUCAAUAAAGUAUCUAUUUUCUGA